UCAAUAGCCAAAAAGGCUGAUGGCUCGCACCCCCUCCUAGAUAAUUGAUCUCUCAAUUCACCGCACUCUUACCAUUUUCAGUUUCCAACACCCCACUCCUAGAUCUACCAUCGAUGGACGAUGCGGCACCGCCGGCCAGAGAUUGGUCGUCGCUGCCCCUCGAUGUGUUGUCCCUGAUCUUCGUUAGGGUCGGCGCCGUCGAUGUCCUUAUGGGCGCCGGCCUUGUGUGCCGCCCGUGGCUUGAGGCGGCGAAUUUGCGAGAUGUGUGGCGAUUCAUCGACAUGGACAAACACGAGGUCGUGUUCCAAAAGGGCGAUGCUGUCCUGCGCGAGAUGGCGAAGGUAGCCGUCGACCGUUCCGAUGGACAACUCAGGGCGUUCGCUGGGAGGUUGUUUGUCACUGAUGAGCUCGUCAAGUAUAUCAUGGAAAGGUCACCCUUGUUGACUAGCUUGCGACUUGUAUCAUGCUUCGGGGUCUUCAGCAAACAACUCACCCGUGUUAUAAAAGAUUCACCUCUACUGGAGCUGCGUUCCCUUGAAGUUGAAAACAUUGACCUCCGCAUGAAGGAACUGACUGCUAUCCUUGAGAGCUGCCCUAAACUGAAGGUUCUUGGGUUGUGCUAUUGUUUCUUGAUCAACUCCAAUGACGAGCAUACCUUGCAGCAAAAAUUCACAAGGAUCAAGACCAUGACGGUCAAGUGGGAUGACGAGUGUUGCGACUAUUAAUGAUAUGAGAGCUCCAACAAUGACCAUGCUCUUGAUUCUAAAGAUGAGACGACAUAUUAUUCAGUGUGAUCUGAAUAUACUGUGAUCUUUGCAAUCGGUAUACCUUAUUCAACAUGGACCAAUAUGUUUGUGAUAGUGCUUUGCGUAUUUACAUUGCGCUUAAUUCUCUAGCAAUUCUGGCUUGUACUCUCCCUUUUAGAUGCAUUUUAAUACCUUUGACUCUUGUGUUGUAUCAAAUGAAUAUUAAGUUAAUAUGCUUGUUGAGAAAAUAGAAACUCUUGAGUUAGUUUGGC